AUGCAGAAAAAUGAUUUCCAUUCAAAUGUUUCUUUAAUCAUUGAUCGCAUUAGAAAUGACAAGGAAAAAGCUUUUCAAUUCUUAAAUGAGAAAGAAGCUGCAAUUUGCAGAGAAAUACGUUCCAUUGAAAAGGUUAAGAAACUGCUCUACGAGGACAGAGAAAACCAAACACAAGAAAUUCAUUGUACAUCUGAGAAAAGCUUGGAGCGUAUUAGUAAUGCUAGCAGAAAAAGUAAAGUUGAGGUGUUCUUAGAAAUGAAAGAAGUGGAGAAGCAAUGCAAAGGUUUUGAAUCUAUGUUGGAUGAAAUUAAACAGAGUGAAAACUACAUCAUUAAAUUGAUAGAUGAUAAAGCUCUUCAAAAAUUUAUGCAAACAACAAAUCCGUUUGGAAAAAUAAACACUUGUAAAACGCCAAAGGUCAAUUUCCAAUCUGCAAGUGUAAAAUUUUCUAGCAGUAUCAAAGCAGAAGAUUGUCGAUUUACAGAUGUGUGUUCAUAUUGCAAGACCCACAUUCUGGCAUUAUCGGAAGAUAAAAAUAUGUACAUUUUUUCCUUAUCUGGUAAACUUAAAGACAAAACAAUGCUGUCUGGAAAACCCUGGGCACUCACAAAAUUCUUGAAGAAGAACGUUGCAGUAUCCAUAAGAUCGCCACACCGCUGCAUCCAAAUUUUUGAAAUCAAACCAUCAAGUUUGAAUCCACUGCCAACAAAAGAAAUACCAUUAGAAUUUGAACCUCUUGGAAUACAGUGGGAGGAUAACAUGUUUAUUGUGUCUUCAAAUGAUUCGAUGAUUCGAUGGAUAUCUGAUGAUGGAACAGUGAAACAAUCUGUCCCAGUGUCCAAAGGACCCAUCGCCGGUUUAUGUUGCCAGCACACACUUGAAAUAUUAUAUUUUACUAAUGAGUCCGAGAACAAGGUCAAUAUGGUUCAUUAUCCAAAGAGUUUAUGUUUCACUCAGACAAAAGAUAUUUUACCGCUCAAACAACCAGUUGGAUUGUGUUGUGAUUCACAGGACAACAUCUAUGUCGUUGGGUAUUCAUCCAAAAAUGUUGUUCAGGUGGAUCCAGAUGGAACCUUCGUGAGAGAGCUUAUACAUGAGUAG